AUGUAUCACUACGGUCUGGGUAGAGACAUGUGGAUGGUUCCUACGGAUAGCAUUCUGGCUUGGAGCAAGCCACCCAUAUUGACCAGUUCUCAGUGGUUCUUCGCUUCUAUGCCGCUUUACUUCGUGGCAGCUUUCUGCACGAAGCUCUCCCUGAUCUUGCUCUACCUUCGCAUUUGGCCGGACGACACUGGCACGAAUCGAAUAUUCCGCAUGGGAUGCAAAGUCAUUGGAUUGUUACUGUUGCUCACGGCGUUCAUUUCCGUGCUCACGCUCAUCUUUGGGUGCAAUCCCAUCUCGGAUGCAUGGCGCUACGCAAACAGGGCGGGUGGGAAGUGCAUUGACCGUGUGGCUGCCGGCUACGCCUUCGGAGGCCUCAAUGUCAUAUUCGAUCUGAUCGUCAUUCUGCUGCCCAUUCCACGGAUGAUCGCUCUCAAGGUAUCCAUGAGGCAGAGGAUAGGGUAUGUCUUUGGCAGUGCAGAGUGGGAUGCGUUCGACUGA